AUGAAGCUCAUACUAUCCGACAUCCAGUCCUUGUCGUAUAGUGAUACGGACGUUAUGCCGACCGAGGAUAUUCUCGAGCUUCUUGAUCUAGCUAAUUACCCAACACCGAUCUUCAACACCCCAGCUCCAGCAGAGUGGAAGAAGCCUGUGGCUGGUGAGGGGCUGCUCCUGGACAGACACAAGAAGUACGUUCAGGAAUAG